AAUAGAAUCCGGACACCGGGCGCUGACGGCAUUCACCAUGAAAAGACCCCUGGCAGACUCUACCCAACGUCCUCGCUUCAGCUCAAUGUUGAGCCAAAACAACCCAAGAUGCUCAGUAUAAAAGCCUACCGUUCUAUGAGCUUUCUUUUGUCGAUUACUCGUCUCAUUCAAGUCGAAUCAUCUUACUAGCGACCUACAUCUUAUACAAUGUCUUUCACCAAAAAUGGAGUGUAUACUGUCAGAAAUAUCGGCAAAGACCUCAUGCUCGAUCUGAAGGACGACAGCACCGUUGAAGGCAACUCGAUCCAAGGCUACACCAAAAAUGGCACCGAGGCUCAAAUGUGGAUGAUCAAGAAACAAACCGAGCCAAAGAACUCCGACAACACUUUCACCAUUCAGACCUACAACAAGGGCUACAAUGGCAAUGGAUUCUUCACCACUGUCAAGGAGGGUGUGAAUGAACCAGUCGUUUAUGACAGGUCCGCGUUUCUCGUCGAACUUGUUCAAGGCGUGAAUGAGACUUAUAGGUGAGAAUCCGACGCCUCAGCGACAUAUUUUUGCUAGUUUAACGACUCGCGUGUACAGGAUUAGUUUCACUCUCGGGAACCCAGACCUGGUGCUAUCCCUUCCGG